UAAAUUAAUCUCUACAAACAUUCAGAAUGAAGCUAUGUUUAUUCUCUGGAUUCCCAAACUUUUCCUAGCACGAACACCCACGUCGAGUGGCUUUAACAAUAUAAGCUUUGUCUAUUGUACAUGAUCGCACGCUCAGAUAGUUUAAAUUUCGCUCUUAAUUUAUGGUCAUCGAUAUAACAAAGUACAGAUGCGCUCUGUAAAUAUUCUCACGGUCGUGUCGCCAUACUAUACUGACUAUAUUCAGGAUGAUAACAAGUACGCUCGCGUUACAUUACUAAGAAAAGUUCCACUAAAGAAAAUAAUACUGUGUUGUUAUUUUUCGUUUGUUACAGAGUUUUACGGUUAUUACAGCUUUUUCCUGCCUAAAUAUGUAACUAUAUAUUUUUAACAUUAUAAACGGAAAAAGAAAAGAUGGCGUCGGUUAGGUAGGACGGGUUUUGCCGAGCGCUGAUAAUUUUAGAAGUUUUUUUUGGAUUUAAAGUUUUCUUAUUAGUUAUAUAAGUCACAGAGAAAGGAGUGGAGGAAGGGGUGAAGUUUUGUUUAAUUAAGUUUGGAAUAGGAAGUGGGGAGAGGAGAAAUUUGGAGGUUUAUCAUCUCCCCCGUAUACCCACGUGGUAGGCGGGGGAUAAAGUUUUUUGUUGUGCGCGACUGGACGCUAAAAAAUAAGUGUAUAAGUGAGGAGGAAGUAAAGGUAAUAAUUUUUGGUGGCCCUAGAGGCGCAGGAAAUAGUACGAUGGAAGAAAUGAAAGUAGAUAAUAUUGAAGAUAAAAUGGGGGAAAAUGAAGGAAAAAUGACAAAGGAGGUCUGUGAUAUAAAAGUUAUAUGUGAGAAAAAUGAAAAAGUGUUGGUGGAAGAUGUAGAAAAAUUGGAGAACUGGGAUAUGGAAUUCCUAAAAGAGGAUGAAGAGGAGGUUUUAGCUACAUUGGGGCUGUGCAAUAAGAAAAUUGAGGAAAUGGACAGAGAGGAAGUAGAAGAUUGUGUGAGUGAGAAAGAUAGAGUCUUAGAUGAGGAAAACAAGGAAAGAAAAUUGACAAAGAGAAAUAUAGGAGAAAGAAAGAGGGUGAGAGAUGUAAGCAGUGAAGAAGAAGAGUUGAGGAAAAAGGAGAAAAAGGAGUCGAAAUCAGAGGAUAGUGAAGAGGAAAGUGGAAUUACAAAGGGGGGAGAAGAAUGGCAGAGAGAAGAAAAGGCGGAAUCAGUGGAAAUAGGGAAUACAGGAGAGGAACGGAAACAGUUGGUAAAACUGGAGACGGUGGCGCCGCUGGAAGAAGAGUGUGCGAAAAUGGAAAUACUGAAAAAGGACGCGGAAAUCGUCCAUUUUGACGGCGUGGGUAAGAGAAAGCGAUAAGAUUGCGAUAAGUGUGAAGAAAUCUUAGAAGAACAGCAGAGAAAAGCUGAAAAGGAAGUCUGAAGAAAGAAUAGGUGUGAAGAGCACGUGGCGAAACACAGAGUUGAAUAGGAAAGGGAACGGAAGUGUGGAGGAAAGAAGGACAGAGCGUGGUGGGAUUAGAUACGAGGAGGACUUUUGUGGAAAAGAAUUUGUGGUAGGUCUUUUUUUAAAAAAUAACAGUGUAAGAAAAAGUAAGAAAUUGAACAUGAUGAAGAUAUAUAGGUACGUGCAAGGCACAGGGGCAAAGGUGGAAGG